GACACUGCACUAUUCUAUGGUGAAAGGAUCGAACUUCUAGUUGUAGCGGUGGGGACUCGAGCAUAUAUUAGAUAUCCACAGAGGCAAAGGACGACAUUAUUGUGUUCAUGAACGCGGAGAUCGGAUAUCACUCUUUUUGCGCAUUUAAAUAAACUUCCCUAACCUCGUCCAGGAUGGCUGCAGUUAACCGGAAGAGCAGGAUGGAUGUUUCUUCUUGUGCGUCACGGGCAGAUAUGUGAGUUUUUUGCACUUCUUCGAUGCGAUUUUUUACGCACCAUCGAAAUAUAGGGACUCGAAGCACGGAAAAAGCUUGUCGCGUCCAGAAAGGCGUAGUAACGAUGCAGCAUCCUCUGGAGAUCGGGGCUCACUAUUACCCUGCUGAGGCACAGCAGGACCACAGGUCUCACCGUUACAGAAGCUUUAUGAUCGAGGAGAUCCUCACUGAGCAUCCAGACCACAAGGCCUCCCCUCCUGCAGGAGAUUUACUCAAAUUCGGAGUACACGCUCUUUUGUCGGCACGGCCGUAUCCAAAUCACUUAGUCUUGAAGGCAGAUCAGAGCGGCCUGCUGAAGUUCCCCGUGUCUCCGCUGUCAUGUUCUCUCGGGCCGCCGCUCGGCUCUGCGCUGCUCCCGGGGCCUCCGGGGCUCGCUGUGGGCUCGCCAUCGCACCAUCUCCCGCUCGACCUGCACCUGCGCGGGAAACUCGAACCGGGAGCCGAGGCGCUCAGCAAGACCAAGAAAGGCAGAAGGAGCAGAACCGUAUUCACCGAGCUUCAACUCAUGGGUCUGGAGAAAAGAUUCGAGAAACAGAAAUACCUCUCGACCCCGGACAGAAUAGACCUGGCUGAGUCUCUAGGCCUUAGUCAGCUCCAGGUCAAAACGUGGUAUCAAAACAGAAGAAUGAAAUGGAAAAAAAUUGUAUUGCAGGGAGGAGGGCUGGAGUCUCCCACCAAACCCAAAGGGCGUCCAAAAAAGAACUCCAUACCUUCCGGUGAGCAGCUUUCUGAGCAGGAGCGAGAGAGGACGCGGGAGGCCGAGAGCGCAUCUUCAGCAUCUUCAUCGUCGUCAUCCUCUUCAUCGUGUUCAGGCCAGUCUGAACCCAGUCAAGAGGAAUAAACGUGCCACUCUCCGGCCAUGUGAAUCCAACUAAACGCUUUAAGGAUGUUUCUCAUGGAUUGUUUCUUGUCGAAAUCGACGUUUUGGCACUUAAAAACUGAUCCAGACAAGUGGACCGAUAUGACGUUUCAAUUUUGCUUAAAAAAAAAGAAAAAAACGAAAGAAAGAAAUAACACGGACUGCUGCUUAUUCUUGUUUUUUUCUCUUUAUGAAAAAUCCAGAGCAGGGUUGAUCAGAAAUGGGUCUCAUCUUUUUUAAACACUUUACAUUGGAGAAGUCGCUUCGCAGGGACACUUUCUCUGCAAUUCUUGUGCUCCGUGGUUUAACUAUGUAUGAAUAAUAUGAUAAAAAAUAUUAAAUGACCUUUUUACU